ACGACGCGCAUUUUUCACUUGAUUGCUCUCUCCUCCGGCAAACAAAUCCUAAAUCAAAAAAACAAAAGUAGUAAUUUGUGUAUCUGUGGUCCUCUGAAAUUGGAGACUGAUACGACAAACAAAUAAACAAUAUCUCACAAAUUGAAUUGAACAAAAAUUGUUCGGUGUGUUGUUUGUGUGCUCGGUUUCCACUCGAUUUUUAUACGAUCGCUUCAUUUUUCAAAGGAGUCGAUGGUGUUGUCACGUUUUUGUUUUGUUUGUUUAUUUAUUUGCUAUGAUGGGAUUUUCGUAUGGAAAAUCGCUUCGGUAGCCUGAUGUGAUUCGUACUCAAACCGGCCGAAAUGUGCGUCAAUAUCAUUCACAUACAAAUGAGUGUUGUUCCGUUUUACGCGCUCCACAUUCAAUUAUCCGACCGUUGAAAUUUCGUUGAAUAACAUCAAUUUUAAAUUUACAACGACGACAAUAGAACAAGUUUUUCGGGGGGUAUUCAAUUGAUUAAAAUUAAAUAAGUGUCUCGAUGAUUUGAUUGGCCAACGACAUUUAAUUUACAAGCCGGGGCAAAUAACCGUCCUUUGACAAUCGAUAAUCGAUGUGAAAACAAUUUUUUUUAGUUGCUCCAAAUGAAAAAUUUACACCGUAAAAUAUCAAAGUGCGAGAAAAAAAACUUUCUAUCAACGCAAUCACACACAUGCACACUGUUUCCAGUUAGCUAAGAGUUUAAAUUUUUUCUUUUGAUCCGGUGAUGUUUGAAUCGAAUAAAAAAGUGGACAAAUCAUUUCGAAAACCUGUCGCAAAAAUAAAAGAAAAAACUGCAUCGGACCGACGGUAAAUGCAUCAUAGCGCGCCACUUAUGGCGCAUGCCAUUAAAAGCGAUUGCAAUUGAAAACACAAAACAAAAUCAAAUAGCAACAGCAACAACAAAAAAAACUCUUCUUUCUUGAAGAAGAAGGUGGAAGAAAAAGAAUUAGUGAAUGAAUAUUUUUCUAGCCGUUUAAAUGUUUAUACAGAAAAGUGAUAUGACAACGAUAACAUCACAUUCGCUGCCAUUAAUUCCGUUGCAACCGAAUCUCAGCUUGUUUGAAAAGCGUUUGUCGGACAUGAACGGUGUGGAAAGUGUGUUACCGCACAGUUUAAUUCGUUUGCCAUCGCCGAAACGUGAACAACAGGCUCAAAUGUCACCGCAAGAUUGUUAUGGCAGUGAAAAUAGUCAAAGUAAUUCAAUAUGUGAUAUGGAUCCUCGAUCGGUGCCCAGCGGUGGUGGUUUUGAUUCGAAAUUUUCAAUUGGCACACUGGCUGAUGACCGGACGAGCAGCGAAGUGGCCCGAUCGAAUUCGGCAACAUCGUACAAAGGUGAUAAUAACAAUAAGGAUGACGAUGAUGAGUACAUGAACUACUGUAGCGAUGAUAGUGAAUUGUCGGUGGGCAAAGAGGGUGACCAUUCGCCAGAUAUUCGACGAAAUAACAAUGAACCGAAAUCAUCGUUUCGAUUGAGCACCGAUUCACCGUCGUCAAUCGCUCGAAAUAAUAACAAUCAUCAUCAGUCAAAAUUGCCAAGUAUUGUACGUCCAAACCCGACGCGACAAGAGGAAUUCCUGUUGCGCAAAUCCAAUAUGUACGCCGAAGAAAUAAUGAAGCAUCAAAUUAAUUUCAUGACAGUUACCAAAGGUUUGAAUAUUAGCCCAAGAUUAAGUGAUAACGCUUUUAGUCCAUAUCCAAGACCAAAUGAACUGAGUCCCAUUCAUAAUGCGGCCAUUACGAAUCCGCUGAAAAUCGGCUUCAGCCGAUUGAAUGCGUACGCAAAUGACAAUGAUUUGGGCAAAAAAUGGAGUGUCAUCGAAGAUCGAAAUGCACGGUCACCGGAAACAACACACUUUCGCCAAAUUCAUUCGCAUCUCAAUGCAAUCUCAAAGAUUACAUCGGCCCUAGGACGUGAUAGUAGUAAUACACGCGUUCAAAUGACAUCACCCGCUUAUACGACAUCACGGGAAAAUUCACAAUCGCCACCAUCGUCGAAUGCAUCCAGUGUCCGGCAUAUGAUUCACAAUAAUUUCAAUGAGAGUAGCUUGAAAUUUAGCAUCGAUAAUAUUUUGAAGCCAAGUUUUGGGCGUCGAAUUACCGAUCCACUGCUAAAGCGAAAUAAACCCGCACGUAAAAGUGGCACUUCGCAUCGAACGGCAAAUACCGAACGAGUUGGCCGAAUGAAUGCAUCGAUUGAUUCGAUGUCAACGGCAACGUUGCCAAUUAAUGAAAAGAAAACAUCUUCAACAGAUCAAACGGGGUCGAAAAUAUUGACACAACUAUCAACCAUAAAUCCAUCGAAUACGGCCGAAACAACCGACAAAAUGAACGCAGCAGCAACAACAACAACCAGCACAUCAACAUCGGCGGCAACAACAACAUCCUCAUCAUCGGAAUCAUCGAGUGGCAAAGGUCCUUUAUCGUGGCCUGCAUGGGUUUAUUGCACUCGAUACAGCGAUCGACCGAGUUCAGGAAGAAGUCCGCGAGCCAGACGUCCGAAGAAACCGACUGAUAAAACACCAAAUGACGAAAAGCGGCCAAGAACUGCAUUUAGUGGGCCUCAACUGGCCAGACUCAAGAAUGAAUUUGCGGAGAAUCGAUAUUUAACCGAGCGUCGUCGUCAACAGUUGAGCUCAGAGUUGGGAUUGAAUGAGGCUCAAAUAAAGAUUUGGUUUCAAAAUAAGCGAGCCAAAAUUAAAAAAUCAUCUGGCCAAAAGAAUCCACUAGCACUUCAAUUAAUGGCACAAGGUUUGUAUAAUCAUUCAACGGUGCCAUUAACGCGUGAAGAGGAGGAAAUGCAAGAGAUGCAGGAACGCGCCAACGCUGAAAAAGCCUCGAAUCUCAAUUCAAGUGAACUGGGCGAUGAGGACGAUGAUGAUGAUUGAAGACAAACAAUUGGCCACUCAUAGUCUCCGUCAUCGUCGGCAGCAUGAGAUCACUCAAUCAAUAUAUUCCCUUGAAUAUACGAUCACACCGUUUUCCACUUCAUACAACACCACCAUCAACAACUGAUUGACUUCUCUCAAAGGUACUGUUCAAAAUGGAACUCUUCUUUUUUUUAACGAAAACUUAAUAAAAACAACGUACAAAAAGGCUUAAAUGAAACCAUUAAAAUAGUGAUAAAUUGAAUAUGGUUAGAACAUAGCAAACAGUGAAUUUAAUUUGAUGAGAAAGGGAGAGAGAGAGAGAGGAAUUCUUGUAAAUAUUUAUUAAAACGAGAGAAGCCUUAAAUGGUUCAUAAAUUUAAUUUAAUUGUAAAUAAAUACCAAAGCAACAAAGGCAUUUUUUGGGGAUCGCAUCGAACUGACUUUUCUAAAUAAGAAAUAAUUCUUUCCCACUGUUUUUUUUUCUUCUAAUUGCCACUUCUCAGAUUUUAUUUGCAAUAACAACAAAAAAAACUGUCAAAUUAGAAUGAUAACCAUCAUAAGAUAUUAUGAACUGAAAUUAAGUCACACGCAGAAAAGAACGGUUUACUUUUUUUGCUUGUCGAUAUCCAAGCAUUUUGUCCAACCGAAUGGAUUUAAUCCAUAAAGUGGGAGAAAUCCCAACCACAAUUCUAAGAGGUUCUCUCAUCAAAUGGAAACCUAACGUUUUUCUUUUGGUUAGCAAAUUUUUAUCACACAAAAUUGUUCAAACUCAAUCCUGUGAUUUUUAAACUGAUUUUCAAUAAUGUCUGCACGGUUCUUCUACUAUCAAAUCGGUUGACAAUUGUUAUUACUGUGCAAUCAAAUUUGAAUCAACUCUUUGAGACUCAUCAUUUUUAGGAAGAAGUAAAUCAUAUUUUUGGGUAUACACAGAGAGAAAUGAGGUUACGUUCAACACCAAAAAACAUUGCAAAGUGUCAAAAUGCGACAGUAUUUGUGAAAAUCGCAACAAAUGUUCAGAUUAGUAUUUGUAUGCAACGCACCCAAUUCCGUACUAUAUUGACAGUCAAACAUUUGUUACGAUUUUCACAAAUACUGUGGUAAAAUGCCAAAAUUAUAUUUUUGUAUUGGUGAAUCCAUGUUGGAUUUCUGUCUGUGCAUUGAUACCAAAUGUAUACAUUUUGAGCAUUUUGAGAGAGUUUGGUUAUUUUGAGUUGUGUCCUUACUUACAACAAAUGUAGAGUUUUUAUUCAAAAAUCCGAAAUUAUGAUACAGAUGUUAGUGUAUCUUAUGCCUGGUGCUACUUCCAUCGAAGAAUGAUAAUUUCUGAGUCCCAUGGAAUUGCAAAUUUGGUUGUACAAUAUUAUUUUAUGUGCCGUGUUCCAGCUUAAACAUUUUUCUCGUAGCAAUUUUUCAACAGAUUUAACGAUCAACAAACACAUUGUCUUAAAAAAAACUUAGAUAAGAAUAGCAAUAAUAUCAAAAGAAAAGAAAACAAAAAUCUGGAGGAGUAGGAUAUAAUGCAACAAAUUGCUCUUUUUCCCAUUUCAAUCGAGCGAGAGAAAAAAAAACGUAUAAAAAGAUUAUUGAAAUCUUGUGGUUUAAUAGAAUCAUGCGCGCUUUACAAUGCAAGUUAAUGACGCUUAUAAAAUGUUAAAAAAUGGCAAACGGGUUAGAUGCGACUACGAAUCAAACCAUCUUCUCUCAACCAAUAGUUUCACGCAUUUCUGCGCGCCAUUCGAAACCUAAAGCAGAAACAGUUCGAACCAUAUGACAUCAGAACCAUCAUCAACCGUUUACUGAGAGUAAAUGCGAUUAAAUUCUUUAAUAUAUUCGUCAUUAAAUGAGUCCAUAACAAAAUUCCAUUACGAAUCGAGGAACGAUAGAACGAACGAAAGAAAAACAUAAUUUAAUCUGUUGUCAUUCAGUAAAUUUGUUAUUUUUGCGUUUUUGCCAUUGGAUUUACAUAAUGAUUUGGUUUUGGUUUAUGUUCAUGAACUUUUCUUCAUCAUAUAUUGAUCCAAUUCUUUAUAUUAAAGCGCUCUAAUUUUGUUAUGGUCUCCAACAUAUAUAUGUUGAUAAAAUCUAUAAACUUGCAUACUAAAGCGGAAAUAAUACGUUAGUAUUUCUCUGGCAGAUUCAAUGGCGAAAAAUGGUUGCAAUUGAAAGAUAGUCAUCGAUUUAUAGCAAAGUGUAAGACACAAUAUGUGGCGAAUCGUUGUUUUUUCCCGAAAUUCCGCAAAAAAAAACUUUUGUACAGUUCCAAUAAAUGCAAUAAAUUUAGCAUCAUUUCAAGAAGAAGAAUUCUAGUAACUUGCAAGUGACUCCAAUGUUAAACAAAUAAAUACCUAGACAAAAAUCAUUAUCCGUUUCAAUGUGAAACAUUCAAAAUAAUCAUGUGUUUUAAACCAAUCUGAAGUUUAAGAAAAAAAAGCGUUCGUAGAUCGAGUGUGUAAUGCGUGACAAAAGAGAAAGAAUAGACAAGUUUAAGCUAAUCUUAAUUUAUAUAUCACAACCAAUAAAGGAUGAGAAAACUCAGCAAAAAAAAAAUUGAAAAAACAAACACACAUAUACAAGCUGUGAACAUUUAUUUUGAAAUUUGUGUGAAAAAUAUUGAUUGAAAUCAAUGCUAUAUGUAUAUUCAACAACGUAGAACUGCGAAAUAAAAAGAAAU